CCGGACCAAAGAUGGGUGGAGGCGGCGCUCCGGAAGCCUUUAAAAGCCCCGCGCGCUGCACGGCGCCCAAGCAGAGGCGGCGCCGUUCCUGGGGAGAGCUGUCUGGCCAGCAGGCGCGGUGCCCGUCCUUUCUCGCCGGCGACUUUCCGGGGCUUGCCAGCGGGGCUGUUCCCACAUGCGGCUGUCCAGCAUGUCCAGCCACUUUCUCCUCGCCCCGAUCCAGGAGUGCCCGGCUGAUUAUUUCGUCAAGGACGUUAAGCUGGCUGUGCUGGGGACGGGGAGCGUGGGGAAAAGCGCUAUGAUUGUCCGCUACCUGACCAGGAGGUUUAUCGGUGACUAUGAACCCAACACAGGGAAUCUGUAUUCAAGACUUGUUCAUGUGGAAGACGACCAGAUUUUCUUGCAAAUUCAAGACACGCCAGGAUGUAUUGAGUUGCAAGAAGACAUCCCACAGAUGUUGGAUUCGCUGUCCAGAUGUCUGAAGUGGGCAGAUGGUUUCCUCUUGGUCUAUUCUGUGACAGACUACCAUAGCUACCAGUCUAUCCGUCCCCUCUAUCAGCAGAUCCAGAAGAGCCGUCCAGACUCUAAAACCCCUGUCAUUAUAGUAGGCAACAAAGGGGACUUGACUCAUGCCAGACAAGUAGCAGCAAAGGAAGGCCUGCAGCUGGCCAAUGAGCUGGGCAGUGUAUUUCUAGAAAUCUCCACUAGUGAUAAUUGCCAAGGGGUGUGUGAUGUGUUCCACUAUCUUUGCAAAGAAGUCAGUAAAUUGCACAGCUGUGGCAGUGGGGAGAAAAGAAGAUCGUCCAUCAUUCCACGGCCCAAAUCUCCCAACAUGCAAGACCUCAAGAGACGUUUCAGGCAGGCCUUAUCUUACAAGGUGAAAUGAAUCAUCACCUGCUGUCAUAUAGACUGUUUUGUAAAGAAAAUUUUUAUAAAAAUAUUUUAUUUUUUUAUGGAUGGAUGCUGUUGAUAUGUACAUUUGAAAAACAUUCAGGUUUUUUGUGUUCAAUUUUUCUAUCAAAUUUUAUAGGUGAGAUCAGGACAGAAUUGCAACAAGGAUCUGCUGAUAGUUUGAGAAAGACCGAAUGCACUUUCACACAUGCUGAGCAAUGCACUUUCGAUCCAUUUUGAAGCACUUUGCAACUGAAUUUUACUGUGUGAAGGGGCAAAAUCCAUUUGCAAACUAUCACUAAAGUGUAUUAUUCAUGUGUAAAAGUGCCCUUCAAGAGACUUGGGUCCCAUCUCUCCAUUUAACAAUCCUAUGCUUCUUAAUUAAAUUAGAAGUAUUUGGCUUUCAGCUUGGACAAACAUCAACAAUACUGAAGUAUCUUGAAUUUCAGAGCUUUGGUUUGAUUGGAUUGGGUCAAUAGGGCUGCCCAUUUCUCUCCAUCACUGUGCCUUGGAUUCUGGUUCAAAACACAUUGAAGUCUCACUGAUUUUGCUAGAACUUUCUUCAAAAGGCUGCCCGUUCCUCCUGUAUGUGGACAUGGGAAUAGUGUUGCAGGAGUUGGUCACUUUUGUAAAAUACUGUGAGUGGCAAUGCUCUUUUCUAUAAUUGCAAAAUAUUAUUAAAGAGAAAAUCAUAAAA